UCUUACACCUCCCUCCAUUUGUUUCUUCUUCUAAACCCCCCUCAUCAAACCACAAACUUCCAUCUCCCUCUCUCUCUCUAACCUCUCUCUCCUCCGUCUCUGCUCUGAGCAGCCGCUUUGUGUUUCUCUGCAAGCAUCAUCAUCAAAUUCAGAGCUCCAAAAGUUCCAAAAAUGGACCCCACAUUCUUCAGCAGCAACAGCAAACAGAUUAUGAGCGAUCAGGAGGAGAAUGACAACACCACCUCCUCCACGCCGGAAAACAGCUCAGACUCUCCUCCGCCGUCCACCAAUUUCAGCGACUACUCCAAGAUCACCACUUCCACCUCUUCCCCCAAAAAAAGUGCUCGGCGAGCUAUACAGAAACGAGUAGUGUCGGUACCCAUAAAAAACGAGAACAGCAACACUCCGCCGCCGUCAGAUUCUUGGGCUUGGAGAAAGUACGGCCAGAAACCCAUCAAAGGCUCCCCUUAUCCCAGAGGGUAUUACAGGUGCAGUAGCUCAAAGGGAUGCCCGGCGAGGAAACAAGUGGAAAGAAGCCGCGUGGACCCCACCAUGCUGGUCAUCACCUACUCCGCCGAACACAACCACCCUUGGCCCGCCUCUCGCAACCACCACAACAACCGCAGCAUUUCAAUUCCCGCCGCUGGAACCAAACCCGGCCUCACCCCGGAGGCCCAGCAACCCGACCACCAAGACCAAGAGCAAGACCCGAGGUUCGCGGAUCUAAACCACGAGUCGCUUCUCGUAAACGACGAUUACGUCUGGUUCGCCGACAUGGAGACGACGUCAUCGACGGUGCUCGAGAGCCCAAUCUUCGCCGAGAGCGGCGGCUCCGUCGGGUCCGACUCCGGGGACAUGGCGGCAAUGGUGUUCCCGAUGGGAGAAGAGGACGAGUCUCUAUUCGCCGAUCUCGGCGAGCUGCCGGAGUAUUCCCUCGUGUUUCGGCACCGCGGCGUGGGACCACAAGCUCAGAUCUGUUGACACGUGUCCUUCCUUCCAUAUAAAACCCUCUAAUUUUUAUUGUUUUUUUUUACACACAACCUCUCUCCCCGUAAAUACAAGAGUUCUGUGUCAAGUAAGAAAUUUUUCAUUGUGCUAAGAAAACGGUCUACAAAUCAAGUGUUAUAAUAUAAUUGAUUGAAAUAUUUUUUUAAAUAUUCAAUCAUUAAUAUUAUAACACUUAAUAUAUCAGAUCGUAUUCUGACACUUUAAAAAAUGUCUACGUUCAAACAAGUAUCGUGCGCCCUAAGAUACCGAAUUUAUUUAACAUUUUUAUGAUUUUAGUUUUUCUUUUUUAGUAAUAAAAAGUUUUUUAUA